AUGGAGGACAUGGAGAGCCAGGACGUCUCGGAUCCCACGUCUCCCGGGGAGGCGGCGCUGAGCGGUGCCCGGCCUGCCGACCGCCACGGCCUGCUGAAGCAUAGCCGCGAGUUCUUGGACUUUUUCUGGGACAUUGCGAAGCCGCAGCAGGAGACGCGGCUUAAGGCCACGGAAAAGCUGCUGGAGUAUCUGCGCGCAAGGCCCAAGGGGUCCGAGAUGAAAUACGCCCUGAAGCGCCUAAUCACUGGACUCGGGGUCGGGCGAGAAACCGCCCGGCCCUGCUACAGUCUGGCCCUGGCACAGCUCUUACAGUCCUUCGAAGACAUCCCCUUGUGCAGCAUCCUGCAGCAGAUACAAGAAAAAUAUGACCUGCACAAGGUGAAGAAGGCAAUGAUAAGACCUUCUCUCUUUGCCAACCUGUUUGGGGUGCUAGCCCUCUUUCAGUCAGGCCGACUGGUGAAGGACCAGGAGGCACUGAUGAAGUCAGUGAAGCUGCUGCAAGCCUUGGCCCAGCACUACAACCACUUACAGGAGCAGCCCCAGAAGGCGUUGGUGGACAUCCUCUCUGAGGUCCCGGAGGCCAUGUUACAGGAGGUGCUGCCGAAGGUCCUCAAGGCUGACUUGAACGCAGUGCUGGGCUCUCCCGAGCACCUGGAGCUCUUCCUCUUGGCCCAGCAGAAGGUGCCCGUGAAGCUCAUGGAGCUGAUGGGAUCAGUCAACCUAUUCUCGGAUGAGAAUAUUCCCAGGCUGGUGAACGUGCUGAAGACGGCUGCUGCCUCUGUAAAGAAGGAGCGCCGGCUGCCCUCCGUGGCUCUGGACCUGCUCCGCCUGGCACUCGAGGAAGACACGUUCCCACGGUUCUGGAACGAGGUUGUGGAACAGGGGCUGCUGAAGCAGCAGUUCUGGCCAGCCAGCUACCUGUGUUACCGCCUGCUGGGUGCGGCCCUGCCUCUGCUGUCCAAGGAGCAGCUGCAGCUGGUGAUGCGGGGAGACUUGAUCCGUAGUUAUGGGGAGCACAUGGUCACUGCUAAGCUACCGAACCAGUUCAAGUUUGCUCCAGAGAUGAACCAGUACGUGGGUACCUUCCUGGAGGGAUGCCAGGAUGACCCUGAGCGGCAGUUGGCCGUGCUGGUGGCCUUCUCUUCUGUCACCAACCAAGGCCUCCCUGUAAUGCCUACUUUCUGGCGGGUCGUGCGCUUCUUGAGUUCCCCUGCCCUGCAGAGCUAUGUGGACUGGCUGCAGGACAUGUUUCUCCAGCCUGACCUGGACUCCUUGGUUGACUUCAGCACCAGCAACCAGAAGAAAGCCCAGGACGCUUCUCUCCAUGGGCCUGAGCGAGCUGUGUUCCGGCUGCGGAAGUGGAUCAUCCUUCGCCUGGUCAGCAUUGUGGACCACCUGCACCUGGAGAAGGAUGAGGCUUUGAUUGAACAAGUGGCCAGGUUCUGCUUGUUCCACUCGUUCUUUGUAACAAAGAAGCCCACAUCCCAGAUCCCAGAGACCAAGCAGCAGCUCUCUUUGCCUUUGGAGAGCCGGGCCCGGGAAGUGGUGAGCAGUGCCUUCUUCAGUCUGCUGCAGACCCUCAGCACACAGUUCAGGCAGGCACCAGAUCAGACCCAGGGUGGGCAGCCCUGGACCUACCGCCUGGUGCAGUUGGCAGACCUACUGUUGAACCGCAGCCGCAAUGUGGCCACCGUGACACCCUUCACUACGCAGCAGCGCCAAGCCUGGGACCGGAUGUUGCAGACUGUGAAGGAGCUGGAGGCCCGCUCCUCUGAGGCGAGAGCCGCUGCCUUCCAGCACCUGCUGCUCCUGGUGGGCAUCCACCUCUUCAAGUCCCCUGCAGAGAGCUGUGACCUGCUUGGCGACAUCCAGACCUGCAUCAUGAAGAGCCUGGGGGAGAAGACCCGCCGGAGCCGCGCCAAGGCCGUCAAUUCCCAGGAGCCACCAUGGGUGGAGGUGAUGGUGGAGAUCCUUCUGGCCCUGCUGGCACAGCCCAGCCACCUGAUACGCCAGGUGGCCCGGAGCGUGUUCGGCCACAUCUGCUCACACCUGACUCCACGUGCUCUACAGCUAAUCCUGGAUGUGCUGAACCCUGAGAUAAGCCAGGAUGAAGAUGACAACGUGGUGGUCACUGAUUCCGAUGAGAAGCAGCUGGAGAAUAUAGAGGACCAGAGCGAGGAUGACAAAAACUCAGAGACCGAAGAGGAAAGUGAGGAGGAGGAGGAGAGCGAGGAGGAGGAUCGCGAUGGGGAUGUGGACCAGGGCUUCCGGGAGCAGCUGAUGGCGGUGCUACAGGCCGGGAAGGCUCUGGGAGGAGCGGACAGCGAGGACGAGGAGGAGCUGGGGGAUGAAGCCAUGAUGGCCCUGGACCAGAACCUGGCCAGCCUCUUUGCCGAGCAGAAGCUGCGCAUCCAGGCCCGGAGAGACGAGAAGAACAAGCUGCAGAAGGAGAAGGCGCUCCGGCGAGACUUCCAGAUCCGGGUGCUGGACCUGAUCGAGGUGCUGGUGACCAAGCAGCCGGAGAACCCCCUGGUCCUGGAGCUGCUCGAGCCACUGCUGAGCAUCAUCCGGCGCAGCAUGCGCAGCAGCAGCACCAAGCAGGAGCAGGACCUGCUGCACAAGACUGCCCGCAUCUUCACGCACCACCUGUGCCGCGCCCGGCGCUACAGCCAUGACGCAGGUGACCACUCAGAGGCUCUGCACGCCCAGGUGGAGCGGCUGGUGCAGCAGGCUGGCCGCCAGGCCGACUCUUCCAUCGCCCUCUACUACUUCAACGCCUCACUCUACCUGCUCCGGGUCUUGAAGGGUAACACUGCCGAGAGGUGCAUCCGCAAGGCCCAGAAGACACAGAGAGCCAGCGAUGACACCAGCCCCAAGCCCAAGGGCCCACAGACUGCCAGCUGCUUGGACUUGAACCUUGUGACUGCAGUCUACUCGUCAGCGCUGAGCUCCUUCCUGACCAAGCGCAACAGCCCACUCACCGCUCCCAUGUUCCUCAGUCUCUUCUCCAGGCACCCAGUGCUCUGUAAGAGCCUGCUCCCUGUCCUGGUCCUGCAUGUAGCAGGCCCAACACGGCCCCGCCAUCAGGCCCAGGCCUGUCUGCUGCUCCAGAAGACCUUGCCCAUGCGGGAGCUGAGAUCAUGCUUUGAGGAUCCCGAAUGGGAGCAGCUGAUUGGCCAGGUCCUGGCGGAGGUCAUUGAGAACCUGCGGACGCUGGGGCAGGCGCAGACCAAGUCGGAACACCAGAGGGAGCUGUUCUCCCUGGAGCUGCUCAAUGCACUCUUCAGGACCAUCCAUCACGAGAAGCUGACGGUGGACCUGACCACUCUCCUGGGUGUGCUGCAGAGCCAGCAGCAGAACCUGCAGCAGAGGGAGCUCUCGACUGGCUCUGGCCGCCUUUACGAUCUCUACUGGCAGGCCAUGAAGAUGCUGGGAGUCCAGCGCCCCAAGUUGGAGAAGAAGGACACCAAGGAAGUCCCCAGGGCCAUCCAGAGCCCCGUUAGCGUGAAGCAGAAGAAAAAGGGGUUCUUGCCAGAGACGAAGAAGCGGAAGAAACGCAAGUCAGAGGAUGCCACGCAGGAGGACAACAGCAGGCCUGCCACAGCCGCCAAGCCUGCAGCCACCGGUGGGGACCAGCCCCCCAGCACAGGCAAGAAGAGGAGAAACAGGAAGAAGGCCAAGGUCCCAGCCCAGUCCCAGGUGAAUGGGACGCCUGCUGCCAAGAGUCCAGCCCCUGACACCUCCUCUCUGAGCCCUAGUACUCCUGCCAAGACCCCGAAGCUGCAGAAGAAAACCCAGAAACUGUCCCAGGUGAAUGGAGCUACUCCCCUGUUCCCCACAGAGCCUGCAGGCAAGAAGCCACAUCAGAAGGCUCUUCACAAAAAGGGGGUCUCGGGCAAGUCACCACAGUCUGCCCUGCCACGCAAAAAGGCAAGGUUGUCUCUGGCCAGCAGGAGCCCCAGCCUGCUCCGGAGUGGGGUCAGGAAAAAGAAAGCUCAGCCAAGGAAGGGGACCGCGCCCUGAGCGCCCUCAGCCCUGCUGCCCCACAGCCCCAGACACACCUGUUUUUUCACCACAGUUUAAUAAACAAGCCACAGUCUAAGGCACUAG